AUGGCGCUUGCACCACUGGGAGCCCAGGUGCGCCCCUACAAAGAUUACUUGACGCCAGCUUUACAUCGGAGAUUCACCCAUGCGAGCGGAUAUACGCUGUUGUUAUGUUACAUCGUUGCUGUGUGGAUGGGCGAGUUGAGAGGUGUCUACUGGACAUUGACUCCCUUUGGCUUCACCGGCCUGCGCACCCUUAUUCUCUUCAUCCCCGCCCUCACAAUCUACGUACUCCGCGUUGCGCAAUGGCACGUCGGUGCGCGCCAUACCUCUCAUCCAGCCGCGACCCUUAGCAAAUACCUGUUCCGCUCGGCGACGCUGCUGACCCCCGCCUUCUAUGCCUUCUCAGCUUGGAUCUAUCUCGAGGCCUACAUAUGGUCACGUACACCUGCAGACAAGCUUGGGGCUACAGAGCUUGGGCGCGAAUAUGAGCGCAUCAAGCUGAACGAGCGGCCGAUAUACCUCCAUUGGUCCUUCUUUGUGUUGGCUCUUGCACAAGCUGGUGUACAUCUGUGGAAGGACUAUGACAAGAUUGAUGUUCCGGCUCUGAAGCCCAAGACAGAGGGCGAAGAGGCGGCAGCAGCAGUGCCAACGAGCCAGUCACAGAAACCCUCAAACGUGCUAUUAAGGAGCCUCCCCAGCCUGAUGAUUAAAUCAGUCACUCUAUCUGCAAUCGUGUGGUUUGCCAGCGCGGCUUCUUACUAUUUGGUGACCCGUCACUUUAUUUGGGGCAUCUGGUACUCGAUCGCACGAAACUUGUGGAGUCUGUCCAAGACAUCCAAGCCAACUGGACUUGCGCCGUUUGCGCCUCUCGUCAUGUCAUUUGUCCUUGAGGGUUCUUUGCUCGUAUUGUUGUGGGAGUUUGUCAACAAGGCCUUUGAUGUAUACAUUGCGCAGGAGCCGCUGAAGAACGACAAGCCCAUUACAGACGACUCCAAGGACCCCAAUGGCACGCUUCUCAACGGUCUCAAGUCGAAGAAGGAUGCAGUCAAGGCCAUUGCCUUUUGGGAACUCGCCUUGAUCACCUCCUCUUUCCCCGGCCGCCGCGCAACAAUCUACUCGGAGACCGACCGUAAAAAGGGCGAAACCUUCCAACAAGUAACCUCCAUCUGCCAUUCCGAACUCAAACUGCUCAUCGAACGCCUGAGCAUAGCCACGAACCCAGACUACACACCCGCCCCCAGCACCACCUCCAAUCCCAUUGCCCCCAUCAACCUCGUACCGCAAAUCUCCCAACCCCUCCGCACUGACAAGACCGUCACCGCGCUCCCACCGAAGCCGACCUCCAAAUGGGACCACGUCGAAGCCGCCACCUCCGGCAUUGCGAAAACUUACAGCAGCCCCGGCAACGCCCAACAAGCCUAUGGGCGGGAAGCCCUGGCCAAAGGCGUGGAAAAGGCGAAAGAAGGGAAACAACAGGCCGAAUCCAUGCUCUCGGCUUCGUACAAAUGGCUUGUUUCCUCGCCGAUUGGCAGUCUCUUCCAACAACCACUCCCGCGCACAAUGGCCAUUGUCAUCCUCGGAGCCCCCUACUCCCGCGUCUCUAUGCUCUGCAACGCCAUUACCGCCUUGACGAACCUCACCACCUGUUCCAUUGCCCAGGACGCGCUGGGUCGGUAUCAAAAGUGCAUACCCGAGAUCGUCAGGACGUUUACCCAGGCCCUGGUCCUGCUGGACGACUAUGUGGAGACACAGGGACAGAGCAGCGACAAGCUUUCUCCGCAUGCAGAGGGCGACGCAACGAAUGCACUCGCACACGUACACCAGGUCCGCGAUUGUCUGGACAACGGCUUGCGAGCCGUGUUGCAGGCGUUUGAGACGUAUCUGCCUGGCUUGGGGAUGAGUGGGGUGGAAAUUGGACAGGCGAGGAAGGCGAUGGGGCGGGGACGGGGCGGGGAGAUGUUGGAGAGGGGUAGAUGGAGAUUCGGCGUGUGGGAGGUCAGGUCUAAUCAGUUCAAGAGCAAGAGCAAGAGCAAGAGCAAGAGCAAGAGCAAGAGCAAGAGCAAGAGCAAGAGCAAGAGCAAGAGCAAGAGAUGGAAAAUGCAGUGUAUCAUGUGUGUACUUGAGCGUGCAUGGGCAUAG